AUGUCUACUCAAUCUAACGAAGACAAUCCUAGAACUCUCGACCUAACUGCAGAUCCUAGUACAGUCUUUUACAUACAUCCUUUUGAUACAACAGCUCAAUCAUUUGUUUCUGAAAAAUUUGAAGGUCAGAAUUACCUGGAAGUCUUCCAUGAUAAUAGAUGUAAUGAUAUGGUUAGAGGCUGGAUUCUAAAAUCCUUAGGGUCUGUUAUUGCCAAAAGUGUUUUCUUCUUUAAGACUGCUGUGGAAAUGUGGAACAACUUAGAAGAAAGGUAUGGUCAAACCACAUCCACACAAUUGUUUGCUAUUCAGGAAGAGAUUGCUGUGAUUCAUCAAGAAAAUGACAAUGUGGCAGAAUUUUUUGCUAAAAUCAAAGUCCUAUGGGAUGAGCUAGAUAAGGUCUGUCCACUACCAACUUGUCAAUGUAAUAAAUGUACCUGCAACCUUACUUCCAAGUUUCUUAAAAUUCUACAAGAAUCAAAGGUUGAUGCAAUUUCUUAUGAAGCUCAAAGAUGA